CUUUUUUUUUAUCCGCGUUUCAUUCCAAUACACUCUACUUUGUCUUCGUUUGUUUAUAAGUUAUCUAAGUGGUAUAAUCAUAAUGUUGCGCAGAUUCUCUUCGACAUUCAAGAAAUCGUCGAAAGGCGAUCGCGAUUCUAAACCGAAUGGAACGCAGGUGAACGGCCAGAAGCGCCAGUCGAAAGUGCCGGCCCCGCGCAAAUCCUCCUCAGAUGAGAGUCACAGCGAUCACGGCGUCGAAAGCGAUGACGGCGUGUCUGUUUUUGAGAAAUAUGCCCAGGUCUUGCAUGCGUCCCGGCGUCCUCUACCAAACCAGACCGGCGAUGGCACCUAUCUCGAGCAGGAGCAUUCUGGGAGCUUGUUCAAGGACCUUCGUGCCUUGGGCUUCAAGGACAUUGGUACCCUGAAAGACCUUAUCAAAACGAAGGCCAAGGGAGAAUACAUUGAUGACAAGACUAUGCUCAUGGAGCGUAUUAUCCAGCUUGUCAGCAGCCUCCCGGGGAACUCAAAAACCCGCGUCGACCUCACCAACGCCUUUUUGGACGAACUGUGGGGGUCCUUGCCUCACCCUCCUCUGUCCUACAUGGGAGAGGAAUAUGCCUACCGCUCAGCAGACGGUUCCAACAACAACCCUACACUUCCCUGGCUAGGCGCUGCGGGGACGCCUUACGCUCGCUCAAUCGCGCCCUUGACUAUCCAGCCCGGCGGUUUACCUGAUGCCGGUCUUGUUUUCGACUGUCUUUUCGCGCGCGAGAAGUUUACCCCUCACCCUAACAAGGUGUCGAGUCUUUUCUUCGAUUGGGCGUCUCUCGUCAUUCAUGACAUUUUCCAGACCGAUUACACGACCCCUCAUGUUAACAAGACUUCAGCCUAUCUUGAUCUCUCGAUCCUGUACGGCGAUGAUCAGGAAGACCAAAACUUGGUCCGGACUUUCAAGGAUGGCAAACUGAAGCCCGAUACCUUUUCGGAACAGCGGCUCCAGGCUUUCCCGCCGGCCUGCUCCGUGUUGAUGGUUAUGCUGAGCAGAUUCCACAACUGGGUCGUGGAGGAGCUGGCAGCGAUCAAUGAAAACGGUCGCUUCAACAAGCCCGAUCCUCGUCUCGACGAAGAGAAGGCUAAGAAGGCCUGGGAAAAGUAUGACAACGAUCUUUUCCAGACCGGACGCUUGGUUACAUGCGGCCUGUUCAUCAACAUCACGCUGUACGAUUAUUUGCGCACCAUCGUCAACCUGAAUCGCAGCAACAGCACAUGGUGCCUGGACCCUAGAGUUCAGAUGGAAGGCACUAAGAGUACCCCGUCGGGUCUCGGUAACCAGUGCUCUGUCGAAUUCAACCUCGCAUACCGCUGGCAUUCUGCUAUUAGUGCCAACGAUGAGAAGUGGACUGAAGAGGUCUACGAAGAGCUGAUGGGCAAGCCUGCCUCGGAGGUCUCCAUGCGUGAGCUUCUCUUCGGGCUUAAGAAAUACGAGCAAGAGAUUCCGAAGGACCCGUCCAAGCGCACAUUUGCCGGUCUGAAGCGACAGGAAGAUGGAACAUUCAAGGACGAAGACCUCGUUAGAAUCUUGUCCAAUGCGAUUGAAGAUGUUGCCAGCUCUUUCGGUGCACGGAAUGUGCCCAAGGUCCUGAAAUCUGUGGAAAUCAUUGGUAUUGAGCAGGGUCGCAAGUGGAACGUCGGCUCUCUGAACGAAUUUCGCAAGUUCUUCGACCUUAAGCCAUACGAAAAGUUCGAGGACAUCAACUCUGACCCGGAGGUCGCUGACGCUUUGCGACACCUGUAUGAGCACCCAGACUAUGUGGAGCUCUACCCUGGUAUUGUCGCCGAGGAAGCGAAGGAGCCCAUGAUCCCCGGUGUUGGUAUUGCGCCUACCUACACCAUCUCCCGCGCGGUUCUCUCCGAUGCCGUGGCUCUCGUCCGUGGUGACAGAUACUAUACUAUCGACUACAACCCACGUAACCUCACGAACUGGGGAUACAAUGAGGUCCGCUAUGACCUUAACAUCAACCAGGGAUGUGUGUUCUACAAGCUCGCGAUGCGGGCCUUCCCUAGCUACUUCAAGCCUGACUCCAUCUACGCGCACUACCCAAUGACCAUUCCCUCCGAGAACAGGAACAUCAUGAAGAACCUCGGUCGCGAGUCCCACUAUUCGUAUGACAGACCCCGCUACACGGAGCCUGUUCCGAACCUGUUGUCCUACUCCAACGCGCAAUUAGUCUUGAACAGCCAGAAAGACUUCACUGUGCCCUGGGGUGGACUCAGCUCGAUCCAUGCCGGCAAGGGGGGCGCCGACUUCUGGAGCAAGUCAUUCGACAAUGAGCAGUGGAGGAAUAGCGUCAAAGAAUUCUACGAGGACGCCACCCUAAAGCUACUCAAUGAGAAGUCUUGCAAGCUUGCUGGUAACAAGCAGGUUGACAUUGCAAGGGAUGUCGGAAACCUCGUGCCUGUGCAUUUCGUCUCCAAGGUCUUUUCGCUGCCACUGAAGACGAAGAGCAAUCCUCGCGGCAUCUUUACCGAACAUGAGAUGUUCAUGAUCAUGGCGGUGGUCUUCACUUCCACGUUCUUCGAUGUUGACCCUACCAAGUCCUUCCCUCUCCAACAUGCAGCCCGCGCGGUUUCCCAGGAGCUGGGUAAGGUUGUGGAAGCCCAUGUCAAGUCCAUCAACCACCCUGGCUUCCUUCACGGCAUCAUCGAUAGCUUCCGCGACGAUCACAAUGCCCUGAAGGACUAUGGAGAUCAGCUGAUCAAGCGCCUCUUGGAGAGUGGUCUGGGAGUGUCCGAUGUGACCUGGGGCCAGAUCUUGCCGGCAGCUGUUGAGAUGGUCCACACUCAGUCUCAAAUGUUCACCCAAAUCAUCCACUUCUACCUUACCGAGGGCCAGAAGUAUCUCCCAGAGAUCAACCGCCUGGCCAAUGAGAAUACUGCGGAAGCUAAUGACAGGCUGACCCGCUUUUGCUUGGAGGCUGUCCGCCUGAACGGCAACCUGGGCAUUUACCGCGAGGCUCAGAACGACAUCAACGUGUCUGAUGAAACCGGUCAAUACCGCGUCAAGGCAGGCGACAAGGUCUUUGUCGGCUCGGCGAAGGCAAACCGUGACCCUCAGGCCUUCCCAUCGCCUGACGAGGUUCGCCUUGACCGCCCCCUUGACUCCUACCUUCACUAUGGCCUUGGCCCUCAGAGUGGCCUGGGUAAGGAUGCCACCCUGGCUGCGGUGACUGCCAUGGUCCGGGUUGUUGUCCGUCUGGACACUCUCCGUCCUGCUCCUGGAGCUCAAGGACAGUUGAAGAAGAUUCCCCAGGAAGCUGGGUUCUCUGUAUACCUGCGGGAGGACUAUGGCAGCUACUCUCCGUUCCCGACUACCUACAAAGUACACUAUAACGGCGAUGUGCCGGCGCCCAAGCGACAGGUCACGACUGCUUGAGAUGAUUGGUGAUCUAAAACUUGUUGGGUCAAGUUGGUAAAUGUGUUUAAAUAAUUCAUGUUUGAGAUAUCCUUGUUUGUUUGAUCAGAAUGCUGUAUCCUUUCGCAAUGUAUGCUAGUGC